GAUAUUUUCACACCUGAACAAAAUGUUUAUGGAUUCUUGACCAACUGUUAUACUUCCAGUGUGUAUUAUUCACUCCAUUGUUGUCUAUAAAUGAGUCACUUGGGGAAUUGGUAUGUGUGAGGCUGUUAACAUGUGACAUCUCAGUGAGUGUGACAUUGGGAGAUAAUAUCUGUCAUGGUGAAAAAAUAGAACCUCACCCCAUCAUACUAAUUAUAGAUGACUCCUAGAUGUGGAUUGCGUUUCACUCUGGUAAACAAACAGCUAAAGCUAGUAAGAACGAAUACAUAGAAAGAAUACAUACUGAAGAAGCUCUUUUUUAUUCAGGAAUAGUAAACAUGAGGGUGGACAGGAUUGGAAGUGACAUUCCCGUGUAUGACCUCUCAGUGAUACGCAACCUUUGGGAGUGCCGAGUGAAAAAAUACAAGCAGCGUCAGAAGAAAGAACAGGAAAGAAUCAACAAAAGUGCCCUGGCCAAGAUAAAUCAGGAAUGGCAGUACCGCAUAGUAUGCAGGAAAAUGAAGACCAAAGAAAUCACUGCUCUCCAGUGUUAUCUGGAAAGAUCAGCUUUUGCAGAAAUGGACAUUUUACCCACAGUUCACACAAGCACUGACAGUGAAGACAAGAAAUUCAUUUUUGAGUUGAGUGGAGAUAAAUGGAGGAAACUACCAGAAGAUCUUCAGUAUAUGACUUAUCUACGAGAAUGGCACAUUCACAGAACACAAAUUCAAAAGUUGCCUGAAUACAUUGAACAGUUUGUGGAUUUGUGUGUCUUAGACAUGCCUAAAAACAGAUUCACACAGCUUCCAGCUGAGAUAGGAAAACUGGCAAACCUAAAAGAACUGAACAUGAAUUACAAUAAGUUAUCAAGCAUUCCACCUGAGCUUGGAGAGUGUGAAAAUCUGGAAAAGCUAGAAAUGACAGCAAAUUUAGACCUCAGUGAAUUGCCUUUUGAGCUGAGCAACUUAAAAAAACUUAAACAUCUCGACCUAGCAGAAAAUAAAUUUGCCACUAUACCAGUCAGUGUACUUCGAAUGUCAAGCCUUCAGUGGUUGGACAUCAGUAAGAACAGUCUUCGUGAUUUGCCAGAAGAUAUUGAUAGGCUGGAAGAGUUACAGACAUUGUUCCUGCAUAAAAACAAAUUGAAAUAUCUACCAAUGUCAACAGCAAAUAUUGUCACCCUCAAAAUGCUUGUUGUCAGUGGAGAUGAACUGACUUGUAUUCCUGCUGGCCUCACAGAAAAUCCAGCUCUUAAAUUCAUAAAAUUAUUUGAUAAUCCAAUAAGCUUGGAUGUCAGUGAGGAUAAGAAAGAUAACACACUCGAGCAGACUGAGCAUGACAAAGAGUUUAUGCAGACCUAUAUUGAGACUCUCAAAGACAGAGAAACAGCACCAACGUACACCACCAAAGUGUCUCUGAGUUGCCUUCUUUAGUCAGCCUGAAGAUUCCAGAGCCAAAUGAGAAAUCGGCAAUAGGAACACCACCAUAAUCAAUGAAGACAUUAAAAUACUUCUGUGUGUUUUGGUGUUAUAUGCAAGACUUGUAAUUUAAAAAAAAAAAUCCCUCCUAUUUCCCAGAAGCAUGUCAACCAAAAAACUCCAUUGUGUCCAUGUAGCCUGGUUUACCUUUUACAAACUAAUGUGUGUGUGUCUGAGUCUGAUACUGAAUGGGUUUUAUAUUUCACAAGAUUUAGUUGAGGAAAAUAUCACACUCUAAGUUUAGUGAACUGACAAAACCAAACUCGUGUUGCUGGAGUUUGUUUUCUAUAAGUUAGUUACUGUGAAAUGUGAAUAUUAAUUUAUAGAACUGACAUGCAUUGAGCAGUGAUUUGUAUGAUAUUGAUGAUUUGUAUGACUUUAUAUAAAGAGCACUCUGCUGUUGUCUGCUUUUUAGCCCACAGAAUUAGUAAACAAGUACUGCACAAGGCUGAUCUCACCUACAAAGGUUUGUAAUUCAAUACAAGGCCUCACUUUAACUAUUAAACGAGAACAAAUCAUCAGCUACAUGUUUUACUUGUGCAAUUGUUAUAAAACCACCAGAGGUGGACAAAGUACCCAACUUCAUUACUUAAGUCAAAGUACAGAUCUCACUGGUCAAAUGUUACCCCAAUACAAGUGAAAGUUGGACAGUCAAAUUUUUACCCAAGUACUGAAGUACUUGCUUUUAAAAAUACUUAAGUAUUAAAAGUACAUUUUCUGUCAAUGCAUUGUUGUAUUACCACGGCGCUUACAAAACCUAAUGCCUCUGAAGCAACCGACUGGAUUCACUGACUAGAUUAUAGACCCUGUAGAAUAAACACCUGGUAAAAUGUUACAAAAUGAAACACAACUGAACUGAAAAAGAGCCACUGUCUUUUUUUUAUUUAUUUAUUUAUUGUAACACUCCUCCCCACCCCCACAAAGCAGCAUGGUAGUGUUCUGACACAGCUCUGGCAGUGUGUGCACACAUGCAUGUGUAUGUUAAUCAGGAAGACCAUGGAAUAGCUGUAAAUGCAACUUGCUCAGAAAAUAAAAAUGACAAUCCAACCUGCUUAAAACCCAGGUCCACACCUCUAGCUUAAUAACUGCCCAACAGCAACACUGCUUUAAGGAAGACAAAAAAAAAAAUGCAAGACCAUCAUCUGACAUCAAAACAAAAAAAUUCCAGCAAUUUGUUGUGACUGACUAGUACAAUACUGUCCAUCUCACAGGUCUCAUGUGUGCACGCGUAAUUCUAUGUAUUCAUGCACAUAUGAAUCUGCCUGUGGAAUCAUGGUGGUUUAAUGUUAAGCUAGUUGGUCAGUGAAGUUCCACCUGACAUGCUAGCAAAGUCUUUUCAUCUCAUCAUCUCUAGUCGCUUUAACCUGUUCUACAGGGUCAUAGGCAAGCUGGAGCCCAUCCCAGCUGACUACUGGCGAAAGGUGGGAUACACCCUGGACAAGUCGCCAGGUCAUUACAGGGCUGACAGACACAGACAACCAUUCACACUCACAUUCACACCUACGGUCGAUUUAGAGUCACCAGUUAACCUAACCUGCACGUCUUUGGACUGUGGGGGAAACCGGAGCACCCGGAGGAAACCCACGCAGACACGGGGAGAACAUGCAAACUCCACACAGAAAGGCCCUCGCCAGCCACGGGGCUCGAACCCGGACCUUCUUGCUGUGAGGCGACAGUGCUAACCACUACACCACCGUGCCGCCCUCUGCAAAGUCUUUUCAAACUCAAAAUCAUAUUGGGUAGCUAAUGCUUGUGUCACACAUUGGCGUUUCAGCCUUGCGUAUGUACGGUAUAUCAGGAUAUGUGGCAGUAGGAAAGGAAUCGGCAGCUUACGUAGCUAAUACUCUAGGAUGCAUAACACGAUCUCCUUGUACACCAGGGUGUGGUGUAUUUUUAAGUCCGCACUUAAAAAUCUGUAGCACAUACGUAGCAGCUUUGAUACAUCACAUGUAUGCUGUAAAAACGAAAGCUACGCAGCAGUGAUGCAGCGGGAACGUUAAUUGAACACCCAUUAUACCAUGUGAAUGCUUUAGUUGAUGUGUCUGAUGAGGGUGGCUCCGGGGCUGGCUGGGUGGACGCAGCUGAUGUUUUCCCUCUUCCCUUGCCCUUCUUGGGUCCUGACUUCUUCGCUGGCAUGAUGCUUUCUUGACUGUGACCAAUGACAACGAACACAGCGUGGGACCUCCUGUGAAUGCCACAGAUACGCAGCAGCAACAUUACAUGCAAGAAUGAAACGCCACGCCAACAAAACGGUUACACCACGCAUAUGCCUCAGUACGCCAUAACUUAUGGGUUGUUUUACAAUCAGGGUACACAAGCUAAAAAUCACAUUUAACACUUAUCUUCAAUAUCAAAAGGCUUGAUGAAAUAAACUUGGUUGCUUAUUAUAGCCCUGUGAUAGCUCUAUUUACCAUGCAAAAAAAAAAAUUUGGUGAUAACGUUAUUUUUGGUGAAUGUAUGGCAAUAUAUGUCACAUUUAGCAAAAUUACUCGUGUCAUUUAGAAAAAGUGCUUUUUUGACCACAGGUAGCUCCAAAAGGGAUGCACUUAAAUCAUUCUUUAUACCAUAAAACAAAUAUUUGGUUUCAUAUCAUUGGAAACAUAGUUAAAGUUUUAAAGGGCUGAUGACACGAACAUGACUCUAUGCAAUUUCUUAAAUAAACUAUACAACAUGGCAAACAUGUUAGAUUUCUGUUAUAAUUACGUGAAAAGAAGCUGUUGUUACGCAAAUAUCCAACUUUUAAUUGCACAGCGCAAGAAAACUGGGUCCGUGGCUCGCGGCCAUGUUGUGACGUCAGCGGAAGAACACGCUGCAGUUCACUGGCUGUUCUACUCUGGUUCUACU